AUGUUAAAACUUGGUGUUAUAACACCAGUUGAGAAACCGACAGAUUGGGUUAAUCGUGUUGUGCUGAGCGAGACAACCAACAGCAAAGGAGAGAUAGUAAAGGUAAGACUUUUCCUGGAUCCCCGUGACUUGAAUAAGUGGGUUAAAAGAGAGCACUAUCGCACGAGGACAAUUGAUGAGGUGGUCACUGAGCUAAAAGAUGCUACAUUCUUCACUGUGGUAGAUGCAAGGAAGGGGUACUGGCACGUACCUCUGGAUACAGAAAGCUCGUAUCUCACAACCUUCAGCACUCCCUUUGGCCGUUAUCGUUUCAACUGAUUACCCUUUGGUCUUGUUGUUUCUCAAGAUAUAUCUCAGAAGCAGCUGGACACAGCAUUUGAAGGCCUCGAUGGCAUCACUGGUAUAGCAGACGGCACGUUUGUAUAUGGAUCUUCAGAGGAAGAGCACGACGCAAACCUAGUCAAGCUUACGGAAAGAGCAAAAGUAAAGGGUGUGGUGUUUAAUAGGGAGAAGUUGCAGUUCAAGUGUAAGGAAGUGAGUUUCUUUGGACACUCUUGGACACCACAAGGUAUGAAGCCUGAUAAUAAGAAAGUAUCAGAAAUCCUUGAUAUGAAGCCGCCGGAAGAUGCAAAAAGUCUACAGAGCUUUCUCGGUUUAGUAAGCUAUCUAACAAGUUACUCCGGACGUCUGGCUACCCUAUCAUCUCCACUUCGCGAUCUAACCAAGAAAGAUGUUGCGUAUUGUUGGGGGCCAGAGCAUACCCGCGCAUUUGAUGAAGUGAAGAACGAAGUAUCCUCGCUGGGCGUACUCCGAUAUUUCGACCCUGAUGUAGAAACAACCAUUCAAACUGACGCAUCUCUCAAAGGCUUAGGCGCAGUGCUUCUAAAAAGGAGGUCAACCCGUGUGUUAUGCGUCUAAGGCUCUCACAGAAGUUGAGCAGAGGUACAGUAGCGUUGAGCGUGAAGCACUUGGCGUUGUUUGGGGGCUCGAACGAUUUCAUUACUUUGUGUAUGGAAAGAAGUGUACUGUGCACACCGACCACAAGCCCUUGGAAACAAUCUUUAGGAAGAAAUUGAGUAGCUGCCCAUCCAGACUACAACGAUUCGUGUUAAGAGCACUCAAGUAUGACGUAACCGUGACGUAUGUGAAAGGUGAACAAGUACCUAUCGCUGAUUCCCUGUCCAGAGUAUCACCACAAGCUGUACCACUCAAAGGUCAACUUCCACAACUAGAUAUCCACCAGAUUACUAACACCCUUCCAGCUUCUCCUAUAAAGCUGCAGCAAAUUCGAAAUGAGACUGCAGAUGAUUCAGUUUUGAAUAAACUACGCGAGGUAGUUUACCAAGGAUGGCCAGCCACGAGAGAACAGUGCCCUCAAUUGCUCCACGAUUAUUGGAACUUUAGAGAAGAACUUACAAUUCAGGAUGGCCUCAUCCUAAAGCAAGAGCGCAUAGUUAUGCCGCCAAAUCUUAGAGAAGACGUCCUUACAACGAUACAUGAAGGGCAUCUAGGACAAGUGAAAUGUCUUCUCCGAGCAAGAUCUGCGGUGUUUUGGCCUGGAAUUACGAAGGACAUAAUCAAAGUUGUUUAA